AUGACAUUGAAGGAACAGAGCACUAUCAUCGAUAGAUUGCAAAAGGAGAAUUUCGACCUCAAGAUCAAAGUAUUUUAUCUCAAUGACAAACUAGAAAAGCAGUCCGAUGAAGGGGUUAAGGAAAUGAUGAAGGAAAAUGUAGACAUGAAAGUUAAGCUUGCUGAGGGGAUGCGUGAAAGAAAGUCUCUGAAGCGGCGGAUAAAGGAGCUAGAGAAGAAAAUCCAAGAAAUAGGCGGCGAGAAGGAAGGAAAGGAGGAUGACGAAGACAAUAUCACUGAGCUCUGGGAACUGAAGGAGAGAGUGGAGAGAUACGAGGUUGAGAUCGAAGAACUUAGUCGUCGGGAGAAGGAAAGGGAAGACCGUAUGAGGGAGGAAAUUUCCCGAAAGGGAGCCACGGGUGGAGCCGAAGAAGUCGGAAUGCUGAGAGAAUUUCUCGAAACAGAGACCGCCAGAAGGGAGAAGGUAGACAUGGAAAAUCGCCGCCUAAGGGAGGAAAUCUGGAGAAUGAAGAAUGAGUCCAGCGGCCAACCUCACCUUAGCUCCCAUCACAGCAUAAGCACUCGUCAUUCAUCUACACGUCCUGUAUCUGAAAGAGGUCGAGAUGACAGCCGUGAAAGAGGUCUUAUGAAUCAACUUCGGGUUGAGAACGAUGAACUCCGGAGAGAAGUCGGCGCUCAGACCAGCAUGCUCACAUCCCGCAAUCGCGAAAAAGACCGCUUGUAUCAAGAAAUUGAGGAUCUCAAACUCCAUUUGCGCAACGGGGGGGGGUCUGGUUUGGGCAUAGUCGCGGAACAUGACCAGCAUCAGCAACAUCAAAAUAGAGCUGCGUCUGUCAUCAGCGACCGAAUCCUUGACCGAUCAGUUUCUCGCGCUGGAGGAGCUGCUAGUGUUGCUGGGACUCACGUGAGCAUGUUGAGCGAGAGUGAGAGGGAGGAUUUCGAGAAUGUCAACGGCCAACUUCGUGAUCGUAUUUCUGAAUUGAGACUCAAAAACCAAGAACUCCAGAUUCAGAUUGAAAACUACUACAGAGAAAUCGACCAAAAGACAGAGGACACGGAGAGAGUCGCAGCGGAGUUUGAGGAAGAGUUACAGCUUGCUCAUGCGGAAGUCCAGGAAAUGCAGGCUGAGCGGAACGAUGCAUUAAGGAUGAGAGAGGAGAUUGAAAUGGAUUUCGAUCAACUGAAGGAAGAGGCGGAGGAAGAGAUCCAGAAAUUAGAGGAGGAACUUGACAUCAGGCUGGGCGAUAUUGAGAAAUUAGAGGAGGACGUUAGAUGCAAAGAGGAAGACUUCAAGGGCUUGCAACAAGAGAUGAGGAAUGUCAGUGACAUUGUCGUCAGACUAGAAGAUGUGCACGAAGAACAUGCCGGUGAAGUACGAAGGCUGGAAGGGAAGAUCGAAGAUCUUCAGCGCACGCUGAGGGAGAACGAACAGGAGAUGAAUGUUCUCGAGGAAUCUCUACGUGAUGCAAAUGAGAAAAUUGAGAGAAUGACCGUCCAGAGCGAGAGCGCCAAAGGAGAGAUUGCGUUCUUGCGGGAGGAACAGGAUGCAGACAAGAUCAAGAUCGGAGAGCUCGAAACGGUCAUCAAAGGUCUCGAGAAGGCGAUUGAAGAAGAGAAGGAAAAGGUCACCGAUGCCAGGGAGAGGCUUGAAAGUGAAAGGAAAGAUCGCGAAAAGAUGGGCGAUAAAAGACAGCAAGAGUGGGAGAGGAAGGUCAAUGAAAAAAGCCAAGAGGUGAUGAAUGCUAAGGAUGAGGUCAGAAGGCUGAGAAGCAAGGUUAGCAACAGAGAGGAAGAGGCUAAGCAAUGGAGAGAAAGGCUUGAGGAGCUGGAAAGAGCUCUCAGGGAAGCACUUGGUGAUCUUUCCGGAACUAGGACUGGGCUCUUCAAGUCUAUUGUGAAUCUGCAGAGCGAACUAGAAAGCACGCUCGAGGAGCUAGAUUAUACUAAAAAUGAGCUUGUGGAGAAAGACCGCGUGCUUAAGGACCGGGAAAACUUACUUGAAGGCAUGGCUCUUGAAUCUCGGAAGCUCACAGACCUUCUCGAUAAAGAGCGUGCUGGUCGUAAAUCUGAUCGAGCGGCCCUCGAAACUCUUAAAACCACCCAUCAUCAAACUCGCCACACAAUCACCCAGCAUCAAACCCAAUAUACAGAGCUCGAGAAGACCCGCAACAAGGAGUCAAAGUCAAUUCACCAACUGGAGCAGCAGUACCGAGAGCAGCUGGCUGAACGUAAUAACCUUCUCACGCAGAUCUGGCUUCGGCUCAGCGCUCUCUGCGGCCCUGACUGGACUCAUAGAAACAGUCUUGUCUCAACAAAUACCAACAACGUUAACGGCAAACAGAGCAUGGAGGCUGCUGUCGUUGGCGCCCUCCCGGGCUUCCAAAAGAACAUGCUUAUAGCAGUAAAAACUAUAGAAAGCAUAUUGGCUGGCUUUAAGACGCGAUGCAGAGGCGUCGAACGGGAUCUGUGGAAAGAAUAUCAAGUCGUCGAGAAUGCUCUCGAGAGCCGUACCCGUCGUUUAGAACGCCUGGAAAACCUCGUUCGAGGCGGUAUCGGCGAGCAAAAUGGGAUGCGCACCGAAGUCGCAAAGCUACGCACCGAAAACCGUCUGCUGCGUGCGGAACUUAAUGUAGUGAAAAACGAGGCUUCAUCAACAACCACAACCGCAACCGCCACAGCCGUACCAUCAAGCCAGCAAACCACGGCCGUAGCCUCAAGUCAGCAGGCCCCACCCGCCCUCCACCGUUCAAAAACCUCUGCGGCAGUGCCCCGACAACCGCCGAAAGAGAAGGAAACCUCAGUUCCCAAUUCCACCGCCAUUACACGCACUAGUUCCACAGCUAGCGCUUCUCAACCGAGCGACCCCCAGGACGUCAGCGAGAAGCGCUGGAUUCUGCGUCUCCGCGAAUUGGAGAAGCGUUUGAAGGCAGAACGCGAGGCAAGAUUACUCGAUCGUUCAGCAGCCAAGAAGAAAGUUGAGGAGGCGAGGGGAACUAGCGCGGAGUACAAAGCAGAAUUGGAACGGGAGAGGGCGGUUAGUGGGUCUAAGAAGUAA